UCCUCUCUCGCUCUCUCUCUCUCUGUCUCUCGCUCGCUCACGGAGGAUUCAAUGGGGGAGUUCGCCGACGGCGACGACAAGUGCUUCAUGGCGUCGCCGGACGUGGAGAGAUUCCUCUGCGACCGCUUGCUCGACUCGAAUCAGCCGAUCUCGGAGCGAUUCAGAGCCCUCUUCUCUCUCCGCAACCUCAAAGGCCCUGCACCGCGCACUGCCCUCGUCCAAGCAACAAGGGAUCCGUCAAAUUUGUUGGCACAUGAAGCAGCAUUUGCAUUGGGACAGAUGCAAGAUGUGGAUGCAAUCCCUGCUUUAGAGGCUGUUCUCAAUGAUCUUUCCUUGCACCCUAUUGUCCGCCACGAGGCAGCAGAAGCUCUUGGCGCAAUUGGCUUGGAGACAAAUGUUCCUAUCCUGGAACAUAGUUUGGCUCGUGAUCCAGCUCAAGAGGUUCGAGAAACAUGUGAAUUGGCUCUUAGCCGAAUCAAACAACUGAAAGCUGCCAACUCUGAUGAUGAUUCUUCUACGACCGAGAGAUCACCUUUUAUGUCGGUUGACCCUGCUCCACCUGCUUCAUCUUGUUCGUCUAUUGGUCAUCUCAGGGAAGUUCUUCUGGAUGAAGAAAGAGGCAUGCAUGACCGUUAUGCAGCUCUUUUUGCUCUUAGGAAUCAUGGUGGAGAUGAAGCCAUUACGGCUAUAAUUGAUUCUUUGGGGGCAAAUAGUGCUCUUCUCCGUCACGAGGUUGCUUACGUUUUGGGCCAGUUGCAAGAUAAAACUGCGUCAGCUGAACUCUCAAACAUUCUUAGAAAAACAGAUGAGCAUCCAAUGGUUAGACAUGAAGCCGCUGAGGCCCUUGGAUCAAUUGCAGAUGACCAAAGCGUGGCACUUCUUGAGGAAUUUUCCAAGGAUCCCGAGCCUCUAGUUUCUCAAAGUUGUGAAGUUGCUCUCAGCAUGCUUGAAUUUGAAAGAUCGGGAAAAUCCUUUGAGUAUCUGUAUAUGGAAGCUCCUCAAGUGCAAUGAAGCAUGCACUGAGCUGGAUUCUCGUCGGUGUGUUCUCCAUGGCCUCAUAGUUAGUACGAUACCUGGGUGAAGGUAAUUUAUUCAUAUGUCUGAGCAUAGAGUUGAGGGAGGAUUGCUCGGUAGAGUACAUCUGAGAAUUUUGAGUUUUUAACUGAAUCUGACAGAUUUGUCAAAUACGUGACCAUGGCAAAACUGAUUGAGGAAAAUAAUAAAGCAAAUUUACUUGAGCAAAUGUAUUGAGUUGUGGCAUUUGGGAUCUAUCGACACUCACAAUGAGAUCGUGGUGACUGAAAAAUGGUGUUUCUCUUGUUUAUGUGGGUGCACCAAAGUAGAUCUUGAGUAUGUAGACAGAACUAUAAAUCUUCUGAAUUUGUAGUGUCUGCUCUGGUAUUUUUUCAAGCGACAUGGCUCAGUUCUGUUCAUUAGAGUUUGAAUGAAGCAUUGCUCAUGUGAGCUGCAAAACAUGGUCCCAGUCCAGACUACUGGAAAAAGGUAUAGAUGUUAGCCCGAGCAUCAUGACUCAAGGACUAAUUAUCGUGGCUGUUGGGCACUCUUCGUGUUCAUGAUAGUUAAAAAGGUCAGAUGUUUCUGAAUUCGUUUCUAAGACUGUUGAAACUUAGAAGACCUUUGACAUUGAUGGGAGCAUACAAAUUCUCGAAUCAGUAAUGUAUGAUUUGGAAGCAAACUACAAAGAUGGAUGUGAGUUGGAAAUUCCAAAGUAUGAUUAAGUAGGCA